AUGGAUGAUAAAGUUUUCUUCGAUGGGUGUGAGGUGUGUGGUCGAGCAAGUGAAAGUGGAUUGUAUUAUUCAAAUCAAGUUGUUUCUGAACUAACAGCAUUUGUUGUACAACAAAAUAAUUAUCUACCUCCAUCAUAUUAUGAUGAAUCUGGUGCAACAUUAUGUCUCCGAUGCGGUAAAAGACGACAAGACUUUACAACUACAUAUUGUCCAUUAUAUGGACAAUCAUUUGAUGAAUACUAA